CAAUGACAAAUUAGAUUCACCAAAAUCUUCUCUAGAAAAUAAUAAUAAUAAUUUGCAAAAUUCCUGUAAAAAGGUCUAAAUGUGGCUUCUAGUGUUCUUGAAUAAUUAUUUUAGAUUUUCAGAUAUAUUAAAAAAGUCAAAUAGUGAGCAUGCUAAUAUACACUUCAGGUGCAUCUACUUAUGUCUCGAAAAACAUCAUAUACUUUCAAAACAGUGAUAAAAGAUUAAAAUGUUUGCAAAGGAAUAAAAGAGUACAAAUUAACUCAAAAAUUUUCUAUAACCCACGUAAAAUAAGUGAUUUAAGUAAAUACUAACUAAAUUCUUGGUACACAAUAAUCACAUUGUUAAAGUAGAUCAUUGUUAUGUAUAACAUAUAAAUAUGCUGUAAAACAGACAAAUUUAAAUUUUUCAUAGAAUAUGAACCAGUGGCGAAGCUUAAGAAAUGACCGUGUCCUCCAGAAAAAUGUCUGUAAAGAAAGAACAAAACGAUAAGAAUCAAGAAAAUAAUGGGUCAACUUUCGAAGAAGCAGUAGAAGCCACUGGUUUCGGAAAAUUUAAUUUUCUUAUGAUUUCUCUAAUUGUCCCAUCAGCUUGGGCCAUUCAAUUUGAAACAUCCAAUAUGUCAUACGUGUUUCCUGUAGCACAAUGUGAUUUAAAUCUAACUAUGAACCAUAAAGGCUUCCUAAAUGCAGCCACAUAUGCAGGAAUGCUUGUUGGAUGUUUUGUUUGGGGAAUUUUGACUGAUAAAUUUGGAAGAAAGCGAGUGUUAACUUGUGGAUAUUCUUUAAAUUUUAUUGUAGCACUUAUGUGUGUUUUAACACAAAAUUUCAUAAUGAUACUUACAUUAAAAAUUAUAUCUGGAUUUUUGAUCAAUGGACCAUCUAAUGCUUUGGCAGCAUAUAUUUCUGAAGUACAUACAACGAAGUACAGAUCGAGAAUGCAAAUGUUUUUAGGUUUCACCUAUGGAGCAGGCAAUAUUUGUUUACCUGCUAUUGCUUCCUUAAUUUUACCACAAGAUAUCCAUUUCACCUUAUUCAACGGCUACUUUGUUUUUCAUUCAUGGAAUUUGUUUAUACUCGCAAGUGCUUCAGCAAGUUUGAGUGCAGCUAUUGGUUUACUAUUUAUGCCCGAAAGCCCAAAAUAUUACAUGUCCAAAGGAGAUAACGAAAAAGCUUUAAAAGUUUUCCGGUAUAUGUACCGCUUAAAUACUGGAAACCCUAAAGACUCAUUUCCAAUUACAAAAUUAACACAGGAAAACCCAACAAUUAAAGAAGAGGUAACAGAUCAAGAAGGACAGUCUAAUAGUAUAUUGUUAAUAUUCAAACCGCCUUACUUGAAGAAUCUUUUAAUAUUAUGUGUAAUGAAUUUUUCUCUUGUUACAUCGGUUAAUACCUUGAGGUUAUGGAUGCCUCAAAUAUUACAGGGUAUUCAUGAAUAUCAACUAGCCCACAAUGGAUCGUCUACAUCAUUCUGUGAAGUUAUGAAAGAUAUGAACUCAGUUGAACAAGAGGACCUAGUAAAUUGUAUAGUGAAUUCUAAUGACAAUCAAGAUGUUUACUUUAAAUCAAUGAUAAUUGGAGCAGUAGCAAUGAUUUCCUACUCAGUGGCCAUUGUAACAGUAAAUCAUUUUGAAAAAAGGAGAUUAAUAGCAAUUUUGGGGGCAAUAGCAGGAACCAUAAUAACAUGUGUGUUUUUAUCUCAAGAUACACCCACAAUAUUAGGAUUAGUUUCAUCAGGUCUUGCUAUGAUAAAUGUUUCCAUUGACGUAAUGAUAACAAUUCUUGUUGUUAUUUUUCCGACAUCAAUGAGGGGAACAGCACUUUCACUUAGUUCGAUGUUUGGUAGAUCCGGAUCACUCGUUGGGAAUAUUCUUUUCCCAGUUUUAUUAAAAACAGGUUGUAAACCACCAUUUUUCUUACUGGGAAGCAUAAUAGUAGGUUCGACUUUAAUGGGUUUAUUGUUGCCCAGAAUAAGCUCAAAAACUAUUGCCUAGGGCAAAAAUAUUUAGUAUUAUUUUGAUAAUAAAAUAAAUUUAUAUAGA